AUGUGUUGCGUCGCCAUCAACGUGACUGGACGGCGGCGCCUUGGGGCUGGGUCGGUGCCGUCAGCUAAGGUAUUGAUUGUGGUCUCCGAGGCUUCCGCUUGGUUGCUUGGUGUGAGUCAGAACUCAUUGAGAGAGUUUGAGAAGAAAGUCGUCGUGAAGCAAAUGCAGGAACUGCAUCUCGUCAGUUGGCUUGUUAACGCUUCGACACUCGAUUCCGAGUUCUCCGUGAUGACAAGCGUGAUUGUGGUGAGUCAGAUGGACGUCUCGAGCGACGAGGCCAUCGAUGCUGCUUAUGAGACGGUCGAGGCCAGGCCAGGCUAUCUUGACGUGCUGGUGAAUAAUGACAGCCAACCACUGGAAAUGAGAAUGUUCAAGAGCGAGUACACGAUGCGCAAGGCGUGGAACCAAAUGUACGAUGUCCACUUCACGGGCACCCAGAUUCUCACUCACACCUUUGUGCCGCUGCUCCUCCAAUUCAGGAUCCAGGAUGCGUGGCUUCUCUCCUUGACGAGCGGCCUCGCGCAGCUCGAGACGAUGCGCCGAAGUACUUCCCGAGCCCCCCGCCGGCAGCCGGGUAGCCCAAGCAAAAUGUCGUGA